AUGACGCAGACAGUGCAGGCAAUCACUUUUAAAGGGAGUGUUGCCACCGUCACGGAGUUCCUCGGCUUUGCGAUAUACAGUAUCCUCUACCAGCGGGGCGUGUAUCCGCACGAGGAGUUCAAGCAGGUCACCCGCUACGGCGUGCAGUUGAUGGUGUCGACCGACAACGACCUUAACACGUACCUCACGGAACUCCUGCAACAGAUUGCCACGUGGUUGGCCGCCGACAAGAUGCGCAAGUUGGUGCUGACUAUCUCGGCGGCAGAUGAUGACGUGGUGGUGGAGCGGUGGGCCUUUGACGUCAUCGUUGAGGGCACCAAGGGCGGCGCCGUCAAGAAGAAAUCGGAAGAGGAAAUUCGCCGCGAGAUUCAGGCUGUGAUACGUCAAAUCACCGCCUCCGUCGCGUACCUGCCGCUGCUGCAGCAGCAUUGCACUUUUGACCUGCUGGUGUACACGGAGCUGGACACGGAGCUGCCAUCCGGCACGUGGGAGCCCAGUGAUCCGCGGCUGAUACCGAACAGCAGUGAAGUUAAAUUGCGCUCAUUCACCACCAGCUACCAUCGCGUGGCCGCGUCGGUGAUGUACAGGGAUGACAUGGCGUAA